AUGGUGUACUGCGGCAAACCGAGCAAAGGAUGCGGCCACUGCCGGUCCAGGAAGAUCCGUUGCGACCAAGCCCGGCCGUCCUGUUCGCAAUGCGUGCGGGCCAAGCGGGACUGCCCCGGCUACAGGGAUCAGCUAUCCCUGAUGUUUCGCGACGAGAGUAAAUCAGUGGUCAAGAAAGCCGUGGCGGGCUCCAGUGCAUCGAGUUCUUCAGCGCCUAGACAAAAACGGUCGCCGGGUCGAUCGCCUCGCACUGCUUCCCCAGAUGGGAACACCUCUUCUGAGCCUGAGCUUCCCGCAGACCUCUACACUAGCGCCCUAUUCGAUUUCAAUGCGGAUCCACUGUAUGGAACUCUCAUACAACAGUCCUGGCAGAUUCCGAUGGAAGUGCAGCAGCCCACGGCGCCUACGCAAGAGGAAGCUAUCAGCUUCUUGCUGCAGUCCAAUGCUAUUCCCGGUAGCUUCUGGAUGAGUGAUUUCGUCACCAAAUUCUUGGCACAGGCUGGUGGGACAGUGGGUUCCCAGGCGAUGCGGGCUAGUAUGACUGCCGUGGCGUCGGCAAUGCUUUGCCGCGUGAGAAGGAUCACUGCGUUUCGGGACGUGGCGAGGAAGGAGUAUGUCAAUGCUUUAAACCUCCUCAACACGGCCCUAGCGGACGUGGAGGAAGCCAAAACCAACCAAGCUUUGGGGGCUGUCGUGCUGCUCGCCAUAUAUGAAGUUGUCACAUCGCGGGCCCCGAAAGAUAUUGCACUAUGGACAAAUCAUAUUACCGGUGCCACGGCCUUACUCGACCUGCGAGGCACCGAUCAACUAAAGACAGAAGCUGGCCUUCGUCUUUUUCUGCAUCUGCGAUAUCAAAUCAUCAUUAGUUGCAUACAACGAGACUGUCGAGUCCCGGAAUCAUUACUAGAAUGCACCAAAUAUGCCAUGCAUCUACGGCAGGGAGAAGCUCACAGCAAUCGUCUCAUCAUUAUCAUCGGAAAACUAUCCAACCUUCGAGCAGACAUCCAAGAUAAAACUCUCACCGACAACCACGAAAUCGUCUCGAUAGCCUCGGGUAUCGAAGCCGAGUUGACUGCGUGGCUGGCCGCACUUCCACCUGGUUUCACUUAUGAAACUCGCACGAAGUCGCCAUACGACUUCCUCUUCCAAGAACGAUGUCGCGGAAUUGAUAGCUUUGACGAACAGUACCAUGUAUACCCCAACUUUUGGGCCUGCAACACAUGGGAUCAGUAUCGCUGCGCCCGCAUCAUUGUCAGCGAGUUGAUUCUCUCUCGCAUGUGGAAGAUCACAGAGGCCUCGGGUCAUCCACCAUCAGAUGAGUUUCGUGUUCACUGCAAAACUUUGCGCUCGACUAUUCGACGUCUGGCAGUCGACAUCUGCCGAAGUGUGCCUUACAUUUUGGGGGCACACCAGAAAGAAAUGUCGCCCAACUGCCCGCCCCCCGAGAGUUAUCUUGGAGGACUUAUGUUGCUCUGGCCACUGUUUCUAGCCGGGGUGGUCGAGCAUCCCACCUCCUCGCUUCGACGGUGGGUGAUUGGGUGCCUCAGGAUGAUUGGAAACGCGAUGGGCAUCGAUCAGGCACUGGCCCUGAUGGACAUCAUCGCCUUGGAUCCAGGCAUGUUCCAUUUUGCGCCGAGCGAAGAUGACGUGCCCUAUAUCCAGCAUGCCUCCAUAGCAAGCUCGGCAAGGGAACAGCCGGUGUCCCUGCUGGAUCUGCCCUAUGAGCAGGCCCCUGCCUCCGAGGCUGAUUUCUGA